UCAAGCAUUUAAGUUUAGGAAAUUACUGUGUACAUAGUGUACAUAACAAUCACUGGCUUGGGCCAGAGGAAACUAGUCAGCCAUGGCCGAGGGUGUUGAAGAUAUAUUCGGCUACAACCGAGGGAACUUCAUGUUUGACCAGAAGUUGCGCCAAUGGCGAGAGUAUCAAGAGCAGAACAUGCGGGUCAAGCAGUUCAUGCUCUACCGCGAGGACAUGCGGGACUUAACGGAACUGACGAUCAGCAAGAUGGAUAGCUAUUUGAUGAUUGCAGUGCUAGAACUUGGAUGCUGUCUCGAUCUGUUGGUGCAUGGAGUGCUGCACAUCCAUUCAGUGCAAAGUGAACCGAGUUGGAAUCUGUGGCUCUAUGUGAUCAGCUUGGCGGAGGCGUUUGUCUUCCUUUUUCUCAGCGCCUGGCUGGCGAUUCAUGCCUCCGUGUCAGCGCACUCCUUCGAAGUGAGGUUGCUCACACAGUUUGUCCGUUUGCCGGUGCCUAGCAGUCAGCAGCUUGAUGCUGGCUCUGCUGCCGGCACGGAUUAUGAGAACUUGGGGAUCGAGGACCUCCUGCGCAUCCCGGUUCUUCGACAACAAGCUGAUCGAAUGAGUGGCGCUUCCAGAGCUCGAAACCUGCUGACGGAGCCAGAUCCGUCAGGUGCGGCCGUGACGGGCUUGGUGGUGAUGUCUCAACCGGGAGCCAAUCAAGCAACUGCUCAGAAGCACGUGCGGGUCUUUCGGGACCUGCAGAACAACUGGCAGGCGCAUGAUGCUUACGCUCGGGCAUGCCUAGCUUUGGGCACCUACAAGCUGACCCAUGCGUUGGCUUACUACACUGUCGGCCUCCUAGUCUUGGAGAUGCAUGCUCCCUGGGCCGGCUUCGUGUGUGUGCCGGAAGUCGUUGGGACCCAGCUCCGGUCUUUUGGGGCCCACGACCGUCACGAAGCUGUGGGGCCCCACGAAAAGCUGGAUUUGUACUUUGCAAGUACUCUGCGGGUCAUCGGAGCCCUGGUGCUCAUGUUGGGUCCUGCCUUAGCACUAAUAGCCGCGACGUUGAGCUCCAUGAGCGAACCCAAGUGGGGAUGGAUCUUCGUCCUGGUGGCGAUCACCUUCACCAUGCAUGCCUUGCUCAUCGUGUCGGUUGCCUAUGUCGCACGAGCUGAAACCGUCACGGAACGCGGCGCCGCCUUGCCGACGCGCUUUCGAAACGUCCUUUAUUUGGACGUGUUCGGAUGGUUGCAAAGCCCCGAACAGGAGCAGGGAUCCGCGGCACCCGCGGCCACGUCGCAAAGGAGCAAUGCAAGAGAGAUGCCACAAAUGUUGCGAGAGGCGCUUUAUAAGGAGAGCUGCCGUUUGGGCAAUCAACUGAGUCGCGAAUUCUCCACUUGGGAGAUUGCGGACUUGGAUCAUGUCCCUUCACUCCUCAGGCAACUACGAGCGCUGCAGCGCGAGUUUGCCAGCGUCCGGAAAGACUUUGCCCACGUCCACGAGGCCAAUCUCAGCAGAGAUCGAAUCAGCGCCAAUGAGGACAUCUCAUGGGCACAGCCGGAGUCUCCCUCCGCCUCGCUCGUGGAGGAGGAGAACCUGCAAAUCUGGCUCCGUGUGGAGAGUCAAAGUGAGCGCGUUACAUGGUUUCUGCAGCCACUGGCGGGUGUGAUCCGCCUGGAGGAGCCCCACUGUGAAGCUGGGGCAGACCCCAUCUUCAUUUCGGACAUCAUCGGAGUGGCGGGGCGUGUGGAGAUGCUCAGAGAACGCAUUGAGGUCUUGCAGGAAGAUCUGAGAUAUCUGCGCCAGCGAUCUUCGUCCAGGCUCGGACGAUUGGCUGGUGGAUUGUUGCCUCCCACAAGCUCUACCAGCACUAGUGCUGGUGCUGGUGUGACCAGACCCUCAGUCGAGCAGGAGCCCAAUGUUGGCACUGCAUCCGCUGCUCAGGAGACGAAGUUUGGCGGGCGCGAGUCCGCUGACUUGGGUGGUGGUGCUGGUCUGCUGAUGACCCCCGAGGCCACGGCUCAGACAUUUCAUCCUCGAAGAGAUAGACGAGAAGAAUCGAAGCAGCCACCCGGGCAGGUGCCUUGGCAGACCUUUUGCGGCGCAAGCACUGUCCUUGUGACUGUUUGGAUGGUGGGCAUUGGUUGGUAUGUGGUCAAUCCUUUGGCUAUGCAUCCCAACAUCAAACGACACAGCCAGGCCUCUCUACCCAGUCUGUCCGAUGCACUUCUCCUGCUCGACUUCAACACCUGGUCGCGGGUCGGUCCGCUACAACCAGUGGGAUUGGCAUGUGAUGACCAUCACAACAGCAUGGUCAUUGCAGAGCGCUUCGCUGUGCAUGAGGUCUCCAUCCCAAGUGCAGGCAGUGCUUCUACACUUCUGCCCUCUCAUUUGGAGAAGUGCUUGGCGGAGCAUCCAGGCUUUCAUGCGGACGGCCUCACGGGCGUUCGCAUGACGUGCAGCGGAGAGAGCUGUCAUGCGAUUCUCUCAGGUGCGGAAAAUAUUUCCCUGGUUUGCCCCUUAGGAGUGGCGAAAGGCUGUCCACCCUUUCUGACCUCAGACACUGGAAGUCUCCCACGAGGAUGUGAACUCGGCCUCCUUUCAGGCUUCGACCCUGCAAUGGCCGAGGACUCUCAGGGCUCUCUUUUCCUGCCGAAGCGUCCGACCGUGACCCUCGGCGACCAGGGCUUGCUUGGUGCCCAGCUCGCGUUGAGAUUGUUGGACCUCGCCGGUGACAGCGGCUUGGCAGCCGAUGCUUGGGCUCUUGACAAGCAGGGGCCGAAGCAUUUGGGCACCUGGAGAUUCCCUCCAACGCAUCGCUGGACAGCUCUUUGUCACGCCCAUGGCCGGAUCUUUGUUCUGGGUGCUCAGGCGGGCGGCAGCGAGCUUUGGAGCUUUCUGAUGCCGGACGGGAGAAAGGCCGAGUCGGGGCAGAACGGCGUCGGUGUAGCCUGAAAGGAUCGUGGUGUGAGCGUGGUGUGAUCGAGGUGACGUACGACGAACGAGAGGAAGAAGAGAUGAGAUGAGGAUGUGAAGUCGAGAUGCAAACUGCUGAUGUCAGACUCGGAAAACGGGUGCAUGUG